GCCCGGCUGGGCUGUGCCCUGGAGGACGUGGUCACACCCCAGAGCCAGCAGCAGGUCCUGGAGGACGCGCCCCUGAGCGACCGUGCUGAGCAGGAGCCGGUGACCCAGCUGGCCCCCCAGAGGAUUGCCCUGUGGCUCCGACCCGGAGAGCAGAGCAGCUUCUCGGUGCGGUUCAAGCGGGCUGAGGGCUACCCUGUGGACCUGUACUACCUCAUGGACCUGUCCUACUCCAUGAAGGACGAUCUGGAGAACAUCAAGAAGCUCGGCAGCGACCUGCUGGCUGCACUCAGGAACGUCACCAAGUCUGUGAAGAUUGGUUUUGGCUCCUUCGUGGACAAGAUGGUCCUGCCGUACGUCAGCACGGUGCCUGCCAAGCUGCGGAACCCCUGCCCUGACCGCUACGAGCAGUGCGACUCGCCCGUCAGCUUCCGCCACGUGCUGCAGCUCACCGACAACGCCAGCGAGUUCGAGAGCCACGUGAGCCGGGUGCGCAUCUCCGGCAACCUGGACUCACCCGAGGGCGGCUUUGAUGCCAUCAUGCAGGUGGCCGUGUGUGAGGAGCAGAUUGGCUGGCGGAAAGUGACGCGCCUGCUGGUCUUCACGUCAGACGACGUCUUCCACACAGCGGGGGAUGGCAAAUUGGGUGGCAUCUACCUCCCCAAUGACAGCAAGUGCCACCUCGAUGCCAGCGGCCUCCCCCCGGAUGGCCCCUGGGCGAUGCCCCGCAGGGACUGUGCCGACUGUCAGGCCUUCCAGACGGGGCCGCUGAGCCAGAACUGCAGCACCGCCUGCAACCACACAACGGUGACAGUGCUGCCCCCCUCCACCGUGGACCAGCACUGGUGCAAGGAGAAGACUGAGGAUGGGCGGAUCCUGAUCUUCCAGAUUGAGAGCACGGAGGGGAACAUCGUCAAACUGAGGGUGAAAGCCAAGGACGGUCAACAACCCGCUGUACCAGAGCGCCACCACCACGGUCGUCAACCCCACGUACAACGAGGACUGAGCCGCUGUGGAGGGCUGCUCCAGUGCCAGCCCCAGUCCAGCAGCACGAGCCCCCAAACGCUGGGAGCCACCUCCUGUGAGGCAGCCCCGGCAGGGCCUCCCGUGGCCAGGAAGGUGCAGGCAGAGGGCCCGUUGCUUGAAGGACUCACCACUCGCUGCCAGAGGCCCAGGAUGGGGGUGAUUGAGCUGCUGGCUGGGAGCCCCCCACUUGUCUCUGGGACUCUUCGUGCUUGAGUAGCCCCCCUCCCUCCCCCGCACGGCAAAUGCCCUGCCCAGGGCCUGCAGCUUCUGCCCCCACUGCCCGCAGGAAGAGCUCUGGACAGAGCCCAGCAGGGAGGGGCAGAGCCCUGCUCCAAGACACAACGGGGGCAGAGCAGAGGCAAGGGAAACGUGGCCCAAGCUCAUGGCCAAUCUGACGUGGAGUCGUGGGCGGCCAUGGGGUCUGAGCUCUCAGCAGCAGGUACAGCCCCUCCCGCCUGCCAGGGUCAGAGGCCCCAAGCUAGUAAAACCCCACGGUGAAUCCGGAGCCUGAAUUAACCUAGGGCCUUCUGUUGGGUCAGCAGGUCUGUCUCCUCCAGCACCCAGAGCUCUCAGAUAGUCCCCCACCUGGUGGGCCUCCAGGAAGGGAACUGCCCCUAAGUGCAGGCCCCUCUUGCUGCUUUGCUGGGUGAAUUCAGAGAGGAAUAAAGGGCUUGGGCAACAGCCA